AUGGAAGAUAAGGUUAAGUUGAUUAUGGACCAUUUAAAGGUUACUUUUGAUCGGAAAAAAUCUUAUGAUGAUCUGAAAUAUCGGGCGAUUGAAUAUGUUGUAGGUGAUUUUAUGUUCUUGAAGGUUUCAUCUUGGAAGAAGGUGUUGAAUUAUGGGCAUAUGGGUAAGCUUAGUUCGAGGUUUAUAAGGCCGUAUGAGGUGUUGGAACACAUUGGUCCUGUUGCAUAUCGUCUUAGGUUGCCAUAUAAGCUCGAGUGUAUUCACGCUGUGUUCCACGUGUGGAUGUUGCGUAAGUAUCGGUCGGAUGCUUUUCAUGUCAUUAUGAUGAGCGAUGUUGAGGUUCAUAACAACCUUUCAUAUGAGGAAGAACCGAUUAAUAUUUUAUCUAGUGAUUUGAGUGUGCUUCGAAACAAGUCCAUUCUUCUAGUGAAAGUGUUGUGGCAUAACCACAAUACAUAA